AUGGAUUCAAACAGUGACCAAGCCUCUCAGGGCCCGGAUCCGGACGACCAAAAGGUCCGGGUCCAAUCCGGCACUACCGGCGCCAAGAUGGCCGCCGAGAAACCUCCCCAUAAUCCUUCAGAGCGAGGAGUUCCCGCCAGCGACACCAACAACAGCCCUGUCGACGACCGCAGACACCAAAUCAACCGCGACGAGUUCUCCGGCCUUCAAGUCGUCGAGUCGGGCCUGGAGGUCCCGCACAGCGCCCUCCCAGAGGCCCUACCGCCCUCGGACCCGGAGACCGCGUACGCUGAGUACAAGGGAUGGGGCGAUAACUCCUCUCCGCCACAGGUGCUGCACGCAGGUGGCGGCGGCUCCUGGCCCUUCCCCGAGGCGGUGUCGCCCGGCGGCGACAACGCGUACACCCCCGUCAGUCAACCCUAUAGCGAGUUUAGCAAGGCCAACUAUCACGGCGGGCAUAACCCAUUCGACCCACCCGACGCAGAGAAGCAGCGCGCUGCUGAGAGGAGAAUAUGCGGCCUGCGCAGGAUGAUUUUUUGGUGUGUGCUGGCUGUGGCCGUAUUUGUUGUUGUCGUCGGCGUGGCUGUCGGAGUUGGCGUAGGGCUGGGGACGAGGAAUGAUAGCUCGAGCUCAAAUUCAACCUCAACAUCGACCAGCAGCCACAGCGUGCCGUCCGCGACGGCGACGGCGGCCGCGACGACGGCAACGUCCAUCGUCUGCCCCAUGGCCAACAGGACCACUUACACGCUCGAGUCGUCGUCCAAGCAGUUCCUGGUGCUGUGCGGGCGCGACUACAACAGCUGCUGCGGCGCCGUCGACAUGCUCACUGUCAACACCACCACGUUCGAAGCCUGCCUGGAGCAGUGCUCCGCCCAGGAGGGCUGCACGGCGGUGGGGUGGGGCAACUAUUACGGCACCAACACUUGCUGGCUCAAGAGCGCGUGGGGCGAGCCGAACUGGAGCGGGAGCUGGUAUGCUGCCAUCGAGGUUGACUCUGGGGGGUGA